AUGAGGGACCCAUGUGCCAUCUCUAACGGACUCGAGUCAUUCCCAGCAGAGGCGGAUACGAGGGAAUAUGCCGCUUCUCUUGACGCUACAGAUCCGCUGCGGGGAUUUCGUGAGAAAUUCAUUAUCCCCUCCAAGGCCAAUAUUGUUUCAAAAAAACUGGCGAAGCCUGGGCUUUCACCAGAGCCAUGUAUCUACUUCUGCGGCAACUCUCUCGGCAUCCAGCCCAAAGCUACUGCAAAAUAUCUUGAAGCACACCUGGACACAUGGUCAUCGAUAGGUGUUGGCGGCCAUUUCACCGAUAUCGAGGACUCCCCGCUCAAGCAGUGGCAGUUACUGGCAGAGCAAGCGGCCGAAUCCAUGUCGAAGAUCGUCGGAGCAGCUUCAGAGGAGGUUGCAGCAAUGGGAACGCUGACUAUGAACCUUCAUCUCCUGCUUGCAAGCUUCUAUAAGCCAACCGCAACAAAACACAAGAUUUUGAUGGACUGGAAAGCAUUCCCUAGUGACCACUAUGCCAUCGAAUCCCAUAUUGCCUGGCAUGAACUGGAUCCGAAGCAGUCUAUGGUGCUCAUUGGUCCAGAUGAAGGAGAGUCUGAAAUUUCAACAGAGAAAAUCCUGCGGUAUAUCGACGAACACGCUGCUGAAGCAGCCCUCAUCCUACUCCCAGGUAUUCAGUAUUAUACCGGCCAGCUUUUUGAUAUCAAGAAAAUCACCGAGUACGCUCAGUCUCGUAACCUCACAGUCGGAUGGGAUUUGGCCCAUGCAUAUGCAAAUGUUGAGCUGAAGCUACAUGAGUGGAAUGUUGACUUCGCUGCCUGGUGCACAUACAAGUAUGGAAACUCUGGACCUGGCGGAAUGGGGGGCCUUUUCGUACACGAAAGACAUGGCCAAGUUGAUUAUAGCGAAGGGGAGGAUGUCCCAAAAUUCCGACAUCGCUUGACGGGAUGGUAUGGCGGGGACAGAUCGGUGAGGUUCAAGAUGGAUAACAAGUUCAAGCCUAUCCCUGGAGCAGGGGGUUUCCAACUGUCCAAUCCUUCGGCAAUUGACCUUACAUCACUCUGUGCUGCUUUAUCUGUUUUUGAUGAAACAUCCAUGACUGAUAUCCGCAAGAAAUCAGUCAAGCUGACAGCAUAUCUUGAACAUCUGUUGUUGAAGGAUACCACUGACGAAACACGUCAGUUUGACAUUAUCACACCAUCGAAUCCUGAGGCUAGAGGAGCCCAGUUGAGUCUGCUACUCAAGCCUGGAUUGUUACAACAAGUAUCCCAGAGAUUGCAAGAGUUUGGCAUAGUAUGCGACAAGCGUGAACCAGGCGUUGUUCGCGUUGCUCCCGCUCCAUUGUAUAACACGUUCACAGAGGUAUGGACAUUUGUGGAGCAGCUCAAAGCGGCCCUCAACUGA